AUGAUAGGAAGUGAAAAAGCUAAAUGCAGAUUAUGUGGAACAAACUAUUCAAUAAAAGGUGGUUCUACUUCAAAUUUGAGAAAGCAUUUAAACAUUAAGCAUCCCACGGUCCUAAGCGCCGUUAAACGGAAUCGUGAAGUUGCUUUCCAUGAAGUACUUGGCGAAGGGAGUAGCAGUACUAACUCACCAACGGUAGUUCCAUCAACCCCUGGUUUGGUGGCUGCACCAAGAAUAACGCAAACUUCUCUUGAAAGUUUUGUAAUGCGACCGUUAUCACUCCCACGUCAAAUAAAGAUUAACAACUUAAUUUUGGAUGUAAUAGUUGAAGAUGUACAGCCAUUUUCUAUUAUUAAUGACACUGGUUUUCGUAAACUCGUGUUGGGUCUCGAACCAUCUUAUGUGUUUCCAUCAAGAACAACAUUUAGUACAAUUUUUCUUAUGGAAAAAUAUAAUAAAGCGAAAGAAUCAAUACUGGAUAUCUUACAAGAAGCUAAAACUAUAUCAUUAACAACAGAUAUGUGGACUUCUAAUGCUAAUGAAAGCUAUUUGGCUGUGACAGCACAUUUCAUAUCCCAAAAUUGGAAAUUUAACUCCUGUUUGCUUAGCUGCGUGGAAUGUAGGUUCCAGCAUACCUCAGAAAAUUUGGCAGCAGAAAUUAAGCGAAUAAUAGAUGAAUGGCGUUUGACUAAUAAAAUAUUUGCUGUAACAACAGACAAUGCAGCAAAUAUUAUACGUGCUGUUACUUUGUGUGGAUGGUGUCAUGUUCCAUGCUUCGCUCACACAUUAAAUUUAAUAAUUCAAAAAGGCUUAAAAAAUAUUGAGCAUAUUAGACUAAAAUCAAAAAAUAUUGCUGAGUGGAAUUCAACCUGUUAUAUGUUCGAUAGGAUUAUAAAAAUAACUGAAGCUAUAUCCGCUACUAUUGGUAUUUUACGCAUUCCAUUGGAGGCCCUAACGGAAAAUGAUUGCUGUAUUAUAAAAGAAAUUUUAAAUAUUUUAAAACCAUUCGAACAAAUUACGACGGAAAUGAGCUCAGAAAAUAAUGUCACUCUAUCUAAAGUAAUUAAUAUUGUACGAGCAUUGAAUGCGGUUGUAACCAAACUUUCUAAGGAAAUAACAUCAAUAGAAGGGAAAUAA